AUGAAUUCUUCGAACAGUCGAUACGCCGACCCCAGUGUAAAGAGACACCCUGUCUAUCUUACGUUUCAGAGGCAAUCUAAGAAGGCCUCUGAAACGCCCUCUAUACAAAUUAAUCCCUGUACUUGGAGCCAUAUUUCAAAUUCAAAAAAGCCCCUUAGCGAUCCACAAUUUGAUAAACCUGCUCCCGUAGAAUUGCUUCUUGGCGCAGAAAUCUAUGCACAGGUUUUGAAAUCGGGUCAAAUUUACGGAGAUCCAGGUCAACCAGUUGCAUUAGAUACAGAAUUUGGCUGGGUCUUAUUAGGAAGAAUUCAUCAAAAUUCGACUUUUUCAAUGUCAUCUCCGAAACUCGGAAGCUACUUUACUGCCUUUGAUAACUCAUUAGAUGUAACCUUGCGGAAAUUCUGGGAACUAGAGUCGGUACCUCAAAGGAAAUUCUUGUCUCCUGAUGAGAAGCGGGCUGAAGAAAUUUAUCAAAACACAGUAUCUCGUGAUUGCACAGGGCGCUUUACGGUUGCUCUACCGUUUAAACAAAAUUCGCCUAUAUUUGGUGACACCUUUUCAUUGGCUCAUUGUUGUUUUAUGUCUUUAGAAGCUAGACUUCUUAAAAAUCCUGAACUUUAUAAACUUUAUUCCGAUUUCAUGCGCGAAUAUAUUUCCAAUAAACAUAUGAGCCUUGUAUUAAGCACUGAACCCAGGCCAGAGAGUAUUUGCUAUCUUCCCCAUCACGGAGUCAUUAAACCAGACAGCAGCACUACCAAGGUGAGAGUUGUGUUCAAUGCUUCUGCAAAGGAUUCAAAAAACCACAGUUUCAACUCAACUCUUCUACCUGGUCCAAAACUUCAUGCUGACAUAGUCACUAUUCUACUGCGAUUUCGUUUCCACGCCAUCGCAAUGAUUAGUGAUAUACAAAAGAUGUUUUUACAAAUAAAUCUAGUUCAUGAGCAUAGAGAUUACCAACGUUUAUUAUGGCGUUUUAGCCCAGAGGAGCCUCUUCAGGAAUAUCGCUUGAAUACAGUCACUUUUGGGGUAACUUCCAGUCCAUACUUGGCUAUCAGAACAUUAAGGGAAUUAGCUGUACAAGAGAAAAAUAAGUUUCCCAGAGCUGCACAGGUUAUUUUGGAAGAUUCCUUUAUGGAUGAUAUCUGCUCGGGAAGUUGCGAUUUAGAGUCAGCACUAGCUCUUCAAAAGGAACUGAUCUUACUGCUAAAAUCAGGCGGGUUUGAACUUCGGAAGUGGGCAAGCAAUGACCCCGCACUUCUUUCCACGUUAUCUCCAGAGGACUGUCAGAUUCCUAUAUCCUUCGAUAAAGAAACUCCCGCUAGUAUUAAAAUUUUGGGCUUGCAGUGGUUUCCUUUAUCAGAUACUUUUUCAUAUUGUUGCAACCCUGAUGAAAAUUGUAAAUUUACCAAACGAAAAAUACUUUCAAUGAUUGCGAAAAUAUGGGACCCAUAA